AUGACUCGAGGAAGGGUGACUCUUGAACUUUUGAAGGAUGAGAAAGCGAGAAAUACGACUUUUUCGAAGCGGAAGAACGGAUUAUUUAAAAAAGUUCUGGAGCUGAGCGUGCUCUGCGACUGUGAGAUCGGCAUUGUGAUUUUUAACCACAACGGGAAGCUAGUGGAGUACAGCAGCAAAGGUGAAGAUAGUCUUGUUGACUUGAUUAGACGAUGGGGAGCGUACACAGGCACCGUUGAGUCGAAAAGCAACCUCACGGCACUGCAGCCUGCAGCUGGGCGCUACGAGCAGCUGUGUCCCCGCUGGAACGUGCACCCGGUGCGUUCGGAGGUCGAACCUGCUCGCGUCGCUCGGAGCGAGGGUUCCCCACGAGCGCCUAGACUCAGGCCUCGUUAUUCUUCGAAAAAUAAUGACGUGGUCAGCGCCGGUGAACCAGGCAACCAACCAGAUUCACGUUCUUCGACACAGGACGUGCUUGUACCUAGUAUGGCGAACGAUGACCAGUUUGUUGAGUGUGAGUCUCUUAGAAAGAUGUGUGCCGAGGCAGAUAUGAUGCAGGACCUGCGGCGUCAGUAUGAACGAUAUCGGGAACGGAUCCUGCGUUGGUCGGGCAAGCGCCGGCGUGGUGCGCAGUCGACCGAGCACACCACAUGUAGCGGUAAACGCUGCCAUAUCGAGAGCGGGGACGAUGACUCGUCGAGGUUCCCGUCUGCAGACCUGGUCGAUUUGCUGAAAAGUGAAGAUACCCGGCCUUCGGGGGCAGCAACGGAGGAAACUGGAUCCCCAGCUUCCCGGAAGAAGCGCUUUCGGCCAGAGGCGCUGUCGAUCGAGGUGGAUCCGCUGGGUAUGGCCUUCAGCGGCGCGAAUAAUGAGAAACAAUCGACUGGCACCUGGGAUCAGACCGCUCUUCGACCGGGUUUCUUCGCGUCCGACGAGACUUUACGCAACCAGACGCCAUCGGUAACGUUUCCAGAAGCAAGCACCAGCGGCAGAGGACCGGUUCUUGAGGCACCGUUCUCCGGCCAAUUGUAUCCUUCGGCGGGCGUUGGGAGCCAGCUUUCACCGCGGCUCUCGUACCGCUCGCUUGUGUCGUCAUAUCCAAUUCUGGUUCCAUCACCUGCAGGAUUGCCUUCUACAACAGGCUUGGGCGUCCCUGGUGUGAUGAUACCCACACCAACUGGAGCCAGUACGAGGCAUGUGCCUGGUUGCCCUCAGGGAGGCGCAGGCACUGGCGCCGCCACAGCCACCGGAACAGAAACCGGAGGACCGCCAUCCCAUCCGCGUACGCAGCCGGCGAUGUUGAGUCCAACAGCGCUCAUUUUCGAGCAAAUGGGACUCGCUACUCCACGGGAGUCAGCCUCUUGGGGCGGCUACAAUGGGACCUGGUUUUCGUUUGUUGGUACUGGUUCUACUCCGCGGAUGGGCGCUUAUAUGGAGCGCGCCACUGGAACAGGAAAUCAGAGCACCUCUCCGUCGCAACCAUUCUCGGCAUCCAACGAUGCGGAAAAGAAUGCUCUCGAUAGCCCGGCUGGGACGUAG